ACCUACAUUCAAGAAGGUUUAUGUGGAACAUAUCGAUUUGUAUCCUGAUUUGAUCAAUAUAUAAGCUACACAAGCAUAAUUCACAUAUAUGGUAGUAUAGAAGCGACUACAUUUCCCAUCAGCCCCGCGGGACGCACCGAUUUUCCUUUUUCAGUGCCGUUUUCUUAGUUUGCAGCUGGAUCCGCUGGAUGAACGCGCGUCUGCGCAGCAGUAAAAGUCUUGAGGGGAAACUCGGUGAUUUGUAUUGAGAUUUCUUUAGUUAUUGGAUUGGAUUAUACGCGUUAUUUUUCAUUCAAGUCUCUAUUUUAAGUAUUUCGAUUUCUCCUUUUUCUAAUUUCUAUAUUGUUCUGUAGGUUUAAACUUCGGAUAAUUCGGAUAAAAAUAUUUUAAAACAUAUAUUUGGGGAGUUUUCUUCCCUUAAAACCUCGUAUUCGACCCCCAGUACAGAGUGUGUGGACUGAGGCAGUGUGAGCUCAGCAGCAUCAGACUGUGGAUUUAGUUGCACAGAAGAGCCUCCAGUGCCAACGCCUUUUCCCUGUCUCCGCUUCUGCUCCUCGGCUGGUGAACUUCAGCUCGCACCGACCCAAGGGCUCGUUUGACGGCAUCUCCCUUCAACUCAUGAGCUGCUGAAACCACAAUCCGACACUAAAGAAGUUGUUUGAGAGUGAAAAUGGGCUGCACGAUCAGCGCCGAGGACAAAGCUGCGGUGGAGAGGAGUAAAAUGAUUGAUAAAAACAUCAGAGAAGACAGAGAGAAAUCCUCCAGAGAAGUGAAGCUGCUCCUGCUCGGUGCUGGGGAGUCUGGGAAAAGCACAAUAGUAAAGCAGAUGAAAAUCAUCCAUGAAGAUGGAUACUCAGAAGAAGAGUGCAAGCAGUACAAAGUGGUCGUGUACAGCAACACCAUCCAGUCCAUCAUGGCCAUCAUCAGGGCCAUGGGUCGCUUAAAGAUAGAUUUUGGGGAUGCUCCACGGACGGAGGAUGCCCGCCAGCUGUUUGUCCUGGCGAGCUCGGCGGAGGAAGGAGUGUUGUCGGCAGAGCUGACCACUGUGAUUCAGAGGCUGUGGAGAGAUGCCGGAGUUCAGACGUGCUUCGAUCGAUCACGAGAGUAUCAGCUCAACGACUCUGCUGCAUACUACCUGAAUGACUUGGGCAGGAUCUGUCAGCUGAACUACGUCCCGACUCAGCAGGAUGUGCUGCGUACACGUGUGAAGACCACUGGCAUUGUGGAAACUCACUUCACCUUCAAAGAUCUCUACUUCAAGAUGUUUGAUGUCGGAGGUCAGCGCUCAGAGAGGAAAAAGUGGAUUCAUUGCUUUGAGGGAGUCACAUCUAUCAUUUUCUGCGUAGCGCUCAGUGACUACGACCUUGUCUUGGCUGAGGAUGAGGAGAUGAACCGGAUGCAUGAGAGCAUGAAGCUCUUCGACUCCAUCUGCAACAACAAGUGGUUCACGCUCACCUCCAUCAUCCUCUUCCUCAACAAGAAGGACUUGUUUGAAGAGAAGAUCAGCAGGAGUCCGCUCACUAUCUGCUACCCCGAAUACCCCGGUGGGCACGCAUAUGAAGAGACUUCAACUUAUAUCCAGUGCCAGUUUGAAGACUUAAACAAACGAAAGGACACCAAGGAGAUCUACACCCACUUCACUUGUGCCACAGACACCAAGAAUGUGCAGUUUGUGUUCGACGCCGUCACCGACGUCAUCAUCAAGAUCAACCUGAGGGAGAUCGGGCUCUACUAAAGCUUCAGGCCCUGCAGGUGUCAGGAGCAGAAUUGGGACCUCUGGUAUGUCUUGUCUGUGGAGGGCGAAUUGGAAAGUAGGUGUUACUAAGGACUGAGCUGGUGGCCGCGCUGUAUGCAGAACCUAAAUUCCACAAUUUGGGGACUUGAUACUACGAUUACUUAAUAGAUGUUACGAUGCAGCGCACACUUGGAGGAAGUGAAAGUGGGGAGGCUUGUGAAAUGAUCGCUGUGAGAUCUGUGGAGUCCUGUCAUAUUUAAGACCUUUGCAUCAGUCGGGGGCGGGCAGGUAAAGCCCCUCUGAUAUCUCUGACACAUUUAUAGUUUGUCAUAUGUACAAGGACCAAAACCGACUGCCUGUUUAUCAAAUCCAUCACUGCAUUUCACAGUUUCACAGCUGAUAUGUAAAUUCUGUUCACUUUUUCUCUGUUGCAUCUUCUCUUAGCUUAAGUCUGUGUCACAUCGCUUUUAUUGAAUUUUUGCAUCUGUUUUAUUUUAAUUUUUUAGUUGCAAUUAUAUAGUAUUUCCACUUUUGGAUGUGUGAAUGUAUUAACUUAUGUAUGGAGAAGUGUUUUGUGUGAGCAGUUGUAUAUAACGUAACCUUUUGGGUCUGGGAUUAGUUAGCAAGAGUGUAAUUAACAAAGCAGCACCACGGCUGUCUACAUAGUUAAAAAUGAGACAACAUUGUAUUGAACAAUAUUUUUAUACAUGAGACACAUCACUGCUAAUUAAUUUGUAAAGGGAAAUGUUGAGUUCCCUCUGGGUGUUUUUUUUGGGUUUUAAUAGGACUAAUAUUACUCAGUGGAGGUCAAUGUAGAAUAUCAUUUUUUUUUUCAAUAUCAUUUUAAAGUCCUAUGGAUCAGUGAAGCUAUAUGCAAGGAUCAUGUUUUGACAUAAUGCAACACAGCUGUAGCUUAGUCCAUUAUGCUACACACAGAAAACAUGACAGAAAACAGCAGCAGUGGUCGUGAAUACGAAGGUGAAUUCUCUGGGCAGAUAAUAUGGCCAGCAUCUUUUAACAUAAAAUAAAGUCCACAUCAGGGAAACAUCCACUUUGAGGUUUGCCUCUUGUCCCACCGGAGUUCUGCGAUCUGUUCUGUGGGCCGCCCAUCAAGUGCAACAGUUUGACCCGGGAUGUUAUGAUGGAGCCACACAGUCCUGCUGCUGGGUUAGCUCGAGGCUGGGUAGUGGAAUAACCUUAGGUCCUAGCUGGGUUAGUUUAGCUCCCCUCUCAGCGCUCUUCCCUCUCCUCCUGGGUGGGAGUUCAAACAUUAGAUAGACAUCACCUAUCCAGCUGCCCUGCGCUGUCCAGUUGGGUCGCUCGGAUGGCGUAUAUUCGACAGAACUUCACUCACCCGGAUCGCGGCCGGGUAGGCAGAGAAAAUGGUGAAUGCAUGAAGUCUGUUUUUUCUUCUUCACUAUAAAAAUGUGAUAUUGUUGUGGAGAUUCUGAAUCAAUGUAAUUAUCAGAUAAAUCCUUUCAGAGAUGGUUAAGAGGAGUGACAAGAGAUGACAUUUGUAAAAUAGUAUUUGUAAUACUACACAGAAGAGCUGAAUUGCAUGGAAGGGUUGCAGAGGUUUACAUCAUGUGUUGUUAUUGUCCCUAUUAAAUUAUCUUUCAUUAGUAUUACCAUUUCACAAUGUCAUUUCUUAUUACUACUCUUAACCAGCUCUGAAAUGAUUUAUCCAAUAAAUAAAAUGUAUAAAAGAAUCUCCACAAUAAUAUCACAUUUUAAUAGGGAAGAAGACGAGAAUAAGCGUCUAAGAACUAAUAAGAACUAGGUGAGUAAAGUUCUGUCUAACAGUGCGAGCGUCCCGCCUCUGGCGCAGCUGGACUGGACAGCGCAGGGCAGCUGGAUAAGUGGUGUCUAUCUUUGCCAGGCUUUUGAAUUGCUUGGCCUCCCAUACUCCCGUGCAGUCACUUCGACCUCGGUGGCAUUUGGUCCGGCAGAUCUGGCUCACUGGCUGGGUGGUCGGAAGAUGCCGUUAGGGGAGACGUCUCAAAUCCCACUGCAUAUAAUCCAAUCACCACACUUCCUUCUCCGAUGUUGUUAAGUGCAUCUCUGUCAUAUGCCAUAUAUAUAUAAACACAUUAAACAUAAAAAGUGGGAUAGUUUGAAAAAGCCAAAGGCUGUAUUUGUUAUCUUUGGCUGCAGCCAUCACAUAACACUGAGGAGGUCUGUUACUGUAGUGGAGCACAGUUUGAGUUACAUCAGUCACUUCCUGCACAGAGAAAUCCUGGUAGAAAACUUUCCUAAAGUUUAGCUUGCUGUACAUUGCUGCGGUUGUAUUGGUUCAUUUUAACAUCAUUAAAUGAUGGCACAAAGUUGUUUCCUCUUCUUCUACUUUAAAGACUACACCAUCCCCAAAAUCUUACCACAGGCAACACCGUUCAGAUGUUAUCCACAGUGAAGAUUUAUAAAGGCUAGUCUAACCUAAACCAUGCAGGGAAGGAGGUCAUGCAAAUUGGAAACACUAUUUUUAGACUUCAGACACAUCUGUAUGCUUCAGCUGAGGGCUCAGUUUGUUCCAGCUGCUGCACACACCACCGCUCACCAAUAUGUCCUCAUUGUCCUACCUUGUAUGUUGUCUCUGUAGUAUAACAGUCCAUCGCACUUUAUUAAUGACAUGAGUAUCGCAACAUAAAUUCAAACUUUAAUCAAUCUUCAAGUCAACAUGAGAGCAUAAAGGGACAGAUUCUUAAACCCAAUGAUAAUUUGGAGCCCAAAAUCCUCACUUUCUGAAUGUAGGUGAGACACAACAGGCAAAAAUAUUUCUUUCAUGCACUGAGUUUGGGCUAUUUAUUUCCAUAACAUGUCUUCUUUCAGACUAGUAAAAAGAAAACAAGCAAAAUACACAUUCACGUGUUUAUUUUACUGCACCAAAAGUUAGAUGAUGCCUCAUUUGCAUAUUUAAACAGUAAUAAUACAACAAAGUAUUGUCUUAAUGUAAGCAAUCAACUGGGAAAGUUUCAUGGUGUUUCUAUUCUAUAAAAUGUUUACCCUA